CGGUGGUUAGACUCAGAGCAACGGACACAAAUCCCCAAAUCUUCAUCGUCCAUCGCCCUAAGCUCCAAUUUCAGAAUCCACAAACUCGCGAGAUCUUUCAUAAUUUCCCCAUCGCCGCAUCUCCAUCUGGGUCGUUCUCUCAUCCUCCUGAAUUUGUGCAACCCUAAAGUUCUCGCCUUUAGUUUAUGUAAAUCGAGAAAGUUGGAAGCUAAGACUUGUGGUGGUGCAUAGGUUGGCAAUGGGAAGAGAACAGAACCCUGGCUUGAAGAUUCUUUGGAUCUGGACUUUCGGCACUGCUGCCAUUCUGGUGACAAAUGUUGUUCGUACCAGGUUACGGGACAUGGAAGCGAUGAUGAACCAGGGGCAAAGACCGGAUCAGAACCAGAGAGAGAGCGGAAAUGCCCCCGAGUCUGAUUCUGUCUUAACGGACGGAAUAAUAUUGUCAGAAUCAGAUCGAGAGAUUGCAGAAGAACUCAAAUGAGGAACCUCCUGAUCCGGUCCUGUUAUCUUCACCAUUAACUCUUUGUCUCCCAAUCCAAGGAUUCAAGAAACUUGGAAUGUGUUUUUUUGGUUGGCUUUAGAAUUAGGAUUCCAGAUGAUUCUGGAAUAACAUUCUGAAUAUGAAGUUUUGUGCUUCAAGCAAGAAGCUUGAACUUGAGCAGAGUGUGCGCUUUGUUGGUUCCUGUUUUGAUUAUGAAGAAGAGAGCUUAGACCAUUGUAAUGUUGUGGCCAACUCUGAAAUUUUUAUUCCAAACUACACUAAUAAAUGUUUA